UCAUUGGUUGCCUCGUCUGCUCCGUCAAAAGUACUCGGCUCUCAUUGGCGGCCGUCCUAGUCACAUGUUCAUCGCCAGCCAAUGAGGAGAGACACGUGAACGCUGCAACAAGGUUGAGUUGGUGACAGGGAAGCUGAACUGUCGAGAGAAGCCCUGAGCAGUGUUGGUGUUAACCGUGAAGUCACUCUUUUAAACGUGAAAUUACUCUUUUUAAACGUGUAUAAACGUCGCUUUGUAUGUGCAGCUAUGCCCGAGGAGGAACGGUUGAACAUCGUCACAUGCACCGCUCCUGUGAACAUAGCUGUCAUCAAAUACUGGGGGAAGAGAGAUGAAGAAUUGAUUCUUCCCAUUAACUCAUCCUUGAGUGUCACAUUACACCAAGACCAGCUGAAAACAACCACAACAGUUGCAACAAGCAGAUCAUUUCAGGAGGAUCGAAUAUGGCUCAAUGGCAAAGAGGAGGACAUAACCCACCCGAGGCUACAGUCCUGUCUCAGAGAGAUUCGACGACUUGCGCGGAAAAGGCGUAAUGAUGGGGACCCUGGUUUGAAUUCAAAUGGUUUGUCACACAGAGUCCACAUCUGCUCGGUUAAUAACUUCCCCACUGCUGCGGGUCUUGCCUCCUCAGCUGCUGGAUUCGCUUGCUUAGUUUACACUCUGGCUCAGGCGUUCGGCGUGGAAGGAGAGUUGUCUGGAAUUGCUCGGCAAGGCUCAGGCAGUGCAUGCAGAAGUAUUUAUGGUGGCUUUGUGCAGUGGAUUAUGGGAAAAGAAGAUGACGGCAAGGACAGUGUAGCCCAGCAGGUGGAGCCAGAGAAUUACUGGCCUGAACUCAGAAUCCUUGUACUUGUGGCCAGUGCUGAACGUAAGCCAGUCGGCAGCACCUCUGGGAUGCAAACCAGUGUACAAACCAGCUGUCUCUUGAAGCACCGGGCUGAGUCUGUCGUCCCGGACCGGAUGGUACAGAUGAUCGACGCAGUAAAAAGAAAGGAUUUCACUGUGUUCGCUGAACUAACCAUGAAGGACAGCAACCAGUUCCAUGCCACCUGCCUCGACACAUACCCUCCUAUCUUUUACCUUAAUCAUGUGUCUAGACAGGUCAUCAACCUGGUGCAUCGAUACAACAGGCAUUAUGGAGAGACCAGGGUGGCCUACACUUUUGAUGCAGGGCCCAACGCUGUAAUCUUCACUCUGCAGCAACACGUUCCUGAGUUUGUUAAGGUGGUUCAACAUUUCUUUCCCCCAGAUACCAACGGAGGACAGUUUAUCAAGGGCCUUCCAGUUGACUGUGCGUCUCUUUCUGAGGAUCUAGAACAGGCUAUUGGUUUGGAGCCCAUGCCAAAGGGAAUAAGCUACAUGAUUAGCACAAAGGCUGGACCAGGCCCUUGCAUUGUGGAGGAUUCUUCUCAGCAUCUGCUUGGACCUGAUGGUUUGCCGAAGAUAACCGUAUGAUUUCAUGCAGCCCCGAAGAAAAAUGACUUGGAUUCAUAAGAGUCAAGCUGACAUACAAGAAAGAAAAGAAAAUUCUUAAAUUAGAUUUUAUAAAGCACAAAAACACCUCAGGCCUUCACCUCUUUUAAUAAUUUACACGAGGAAUUUAUAUUUCUGUCCCUUCAUUUAUCAAAGAGGUCUCAAGACCCCACUGAAUUCUCUAAUGUCUUUUAACAUCUAUAGUAGUCAAGUGUAACCAAAGGCUUUGCUCACAGAUGCAGGAGGAGACACUGCCACUGUGCUUUUGAGCAGUACACUGCAACAUUCUAUUCUGUAAACUUGAAUAAAAUAUAUUUUAGUCUAUACAAA